AUGCUUUCUGUAAGCAUCCUUUUAGGCACCUUCGCUGCGUUUCAUGGAGUGGUUGAGGCUGCGGAUGUGUUCGCGCAUUUCAUGGUGCAAAAUUCAUACUCUUACAAUGCCUCCGAUUGGGAGAAUGAUAUUACAACAGCUGCCAACAUCGGAAUCGAUGGCUUUGCUCUCAAUAUCGCCGAGUAUGACUACGAGGUCGAUCGCCUAGUCGAUGCUUACAGUGUGGCUGAAGCGCAAGGCUUCAAGCUGUUCUUCUCCUUCGACAUGUCCUAUUCCUGGUCCAGCGAUGAUAUGGUAGCCCUCGUCACCAACUAUUCCUCCAGCUCUGCGACGUACACAUAUAACGGUGACGUCCUAGUCUCGACCUAUUCCGGCGAAAGCUACGGCGAGAGUUUCUGGGAGGACUUCAAGACCACCCUGGCGAAUGACGGCGUUACAACCUGCUUUGCUCCUGCAUUCACGACCUAUCGUGAUCCAGACGAUGCAGAUGACCUUGUGAAUACGUUCGCAUCGAUUGAUGGAUUCUUCAACUGGUGGUCUUGGCCUGAUGAUGUGGAUGCGAAUCUCACCACAGCGACAGACCUCGCCUAUCAAGCCGUCAUCAAGGAUGAUCGCACGGGCCCCUACAUCAUGUCCGUCUCACCGUGGCAGUUCAAGAAUCUCGGCACUUCCGAUACGGACUGGGUCGAGCUCAGCGACACUCUCUGGUACCACCGCUGGCUGCAGGCAAUCCAAGACGUACAGCCUGAUAUCGUUGAGAUCAUCAGCUGGAACGAUUACGCCGAAUCUCAUUACAUUGGAGAUAUCAACCCCAAUGUCGACUUGGGCGACGACGCUCCUUACUAUGUCGAUGGGUUUGUUCACGGAUACUGGAGGAACGUUGCUGAACACUUCAUCAGCUGGUACAAGACCGCCACCGAGCCCACCGUGACGGACGAUCAAGUGAUCUUUUGGUACCGCGCACACCCCAAGAACAUCACAUGCAGUAUCGGCACGAUACCUCGCAAUUGGGAGUACCCGGUCGAUGCGGUCUUUGCGCUGGCCCUUCUGAGCGAGGCGGCAACGAUACAGCUCGAUAUCGGCUCCAACGAGGCGCAGUGGGAUGCCCCUGCCGGCGCCAGCAUUGGGAAGGUCAACUUUCCGACGGAGGACUCCCAGAUUCCGUACAUCCAGAUCAUCCGAGACGGCACUACGACCAAGGAUGGAUACGGGAGUGAAUAUGUCACGCAGACCGACUGCCACUACUACAACUUCAACCCGUGGGUUGGAAUCAUUGAGUGA